AUGCCUGAUUCGCCACAAACCUUAUCAUAUGAGAAGCCAUCACUUAAGAAGAAUCGAGAUAAUUCUCUGAUUCCUUCUUCAGAAUCAGUUGGGGAUGUCACAUCCAGGAGAGUACUGUCAAGACGAAAGGCUCUUCAGGAAUUCUACAAUCUUCGACAAGAUAAAUUGAAGUCUACAGUGCCUGAGGAUAAGUCACAUAUUGACGCAGAGGAAGAUGAAAUUGAAUUGAAACUUAAAGAUGACGAUUCCCUAUCUCAAUAUCUUAAGAACACUCUGAUUGAGGAUAUUUUGAAGUUAAGAAAUUCCAUUACCAGCAAACUUAAUUCGCAUGAUAUGGCCAAAAAAUCCAUUAUUUAUGAUAACUACUAUGAACUUAUAAAGCUAGGACAGGUUUUAGGAAAAUUAGAUACCACCAAUCCCCCCGAAAGUGACAAUUCUCUCAAAACACUUUCUCUGAAGCUUGAUGAAUCAAGAAAUGAAACAAAGAACGAUGACUAUAUUGAUAAUGUACUUCACGAGCUAGCUACGUUCAUCAAUAAUAAAGCUAUUCAUUUUAACACUGACUUCGAGACAAUUGUGAACGAGAAUCAGUUUUUUGACUCAGGCAAAAGUGUACAAGAUGACAAAAGCGCUUCCGAUUAUGAAUUACCAAACGACAUUGAUAGAUUUAAACUUGUUCAAGAGAUUAACUUCUUAUUAGAGAGAAACGGAUCCAUACUUCCUGAAGUAUCCAAAACGAACAUAGUUGCUGAUAUUCAGAAGAUUUUGAAGAGACUUGACAAUCACAAUGAAGAGCUCUUGAUUAUUCAACUUAAUGAAUUGAAAAAAGCUUUUGCAUAA